CUCAGCAUUAUAAAAUUUAAUCAAUUAUUCCAGAAAUAAUGAAAUAUAUAUUAUUUGACUAAAAUCAAUAGCAGGCAAAGCGCAUUUGGAAGGUGAAAUGGGCGCUAAGAAACAGCCUAAUGCCCAGCAUUAGCAAGCAAUUACGCGAAGUUGGUCUAGUCUACUCCCCGCCUUUACCCUUUCGUGCUGUCUCCAAAACCAGCAGAGAAUGACAGACGUUUGAUUGUGGGAAACCUCGUAGAAGACUUGCUUGAUGAAAAAAGAUGGGAAGGGAGCAGUAAAUACUUGGACGGAAAGUUGCAAAGAAACAGCGCAAAAUACAGGCAGCGGGCUAGUGAACAAGGUACAAGGCCUAUUCAAGGCUGAACGACACAAACAAACCAAUGUCCUGCACUGGUACUGUACUGCAAAGCAAAUACGACGAGACCAAGAGAGUGCAGUGAGCUUCCAGCAAUCACCAGCUACACCUCAUGCUGAGCACAAUGCUGCUUCACUUUUCUUUCAUUUUCUGAGUGGUCAUGCGCCUGGGCAUCCAGGUAUGACUCCUUCAGCCUCGUUCCGACAACUUCCGUAUGCGAAGGCGCGGCUGAAUAAAUAGCAAUGACCUCACUGCCCAGCGCGUUUCAUUUCGACAAUUUGUAUCUUUACUAUCCACGCAUUCACAAGUUUAUCUUUUUACUAUAGACACAUAUACUAAAACAAAAGACAAACCAAAUGGCUUUACGAAUAAGCACUCCGCGUAUCAUCUGCGGCUCGGUCGCCAUAGCUAUCGGUGCUUACACUGUAGCGGCAUAUAGAAGCAUAUCGACGGUGCCUCAAAAAAGUCUGAAAUGCAGUCUCACAGUCUCCGACGCAUUCAGCACAUCACAUACUUACACUAAGUUGAUCAACCCUAAGAGCCAUGGGUUUGCCAAAGAUUCAAGAUCUAUUUCCUUGAGACUGCCAAAGGACAAAGCCGCGAGUUACUCAGAUGAGAUGCUUCUCAGUGCGGCUCUCAGGGGAUUCUUUGGGGGUUGGGUAUUUAGUCCUGAACGCAUUGCCCUUGGGUUACUUAACAUAGGAGUGGGACCAUUUCCAGGAGUAUCUCCCGCGACGCCAAGCCCUUCUAUAUCGAAGGUCUCCCAGCUCUCUAGUGCGCACAUCGCGCGGCCGCCAACAACAUUUUACAACGCUUUCCAAGUUGUUCAUUCUAAUAUUGCAGAUGGAUCUAAGCCAUCAUCUGACAGUAUAGUAGAUGUUGCUUUUGGGUCGCCAACCAGCGGAUUCUCGGGAUGCCAUCGUCUGUGCCUCAACCGUCAACCUACAGAAGAUGGGGCGGAUGAGACGAUCAAUAUUGCUCUUGAGUGCGUCGCUGGCAAUCCGUCACAGGAUAAGAGAGUGGGCCCUGGGGUAGUAAUGGUAUUUCACCGUGCCUAUGCCGAUUUGCUAUUCCGCGACGCAGUGGCAGAGGUAAAAAGGCAGACUUCGGCGCAAGUAUCUUCAUGAACCGGACACGCAAAGGAUCGUCCACUGUAUAAUAAAUACUCACCACACCUUUUAUAGAAAGACAUACUCUGAAUUAAUUAACAUGUGUAAAUAUCUCUAUUAAGACAAAAGACAUUACAGGUCGUCAUGAGC